CAUUCACCUUUCCAUCGCUACAGCCCUCUCGAGGUCUAUCUAUCCCAGUGGAGUGGACGGUUCAGGAAUACACACGCUGUCCUCGCCCUGGACGGUUGGCAGACCCAACUACCGUGUAUCUAGAAAGAGGCAUGAAGGAGGGUGGAGUGUUGUGACUGAGAAAGCAGGGAUGGUGGAAGAAGAGGAAGAGUGAGACGUUCUGGACAGAGUUUUUCAAGAGGUGCUGUCGAAGAAUCCCAACUCGACAUACUCCACAGUCGGUGUGUUGGCGGCGGGAUCCCUGCUAUAGGAAGAAGAGAGAGGGGGACUGGACAGAGACCUGACUGCCUGUCCUGAGCUAUCUGCUUUCUGGAAGAAGAGAGAGGGGGACUGGACAGAGACCUGACUGCCUGGCCUGAGCUAUCUGCUUUCUGGAAGAAGAGAGAGGGGGACUGGACAGAGACCUGACUGCCUGUCCUGAGCUAUCUGCUUUCUGGAAGAAGAGAGAGGGGGACUGGACAGAGACCUGACUGCCUGGCCUGAGCUAUCUGCUUUCUGGAAGAAGAGAGAGGGGGACUGGACAGAGACCUGACUGCCUGGCCUGAGCUAUCUGAUACUGUAGCUCCUCUCCAUCGGACAGGCCGUCCACCAUGUCUGUCCCCGCGGAGCAGGGCUCCUACCCCCGGGACAGGGAGCAGGCAGGCCUGGGGACCCUACAGAGACAGCUCAUCUGCCCUAUCUGUCUGGAAGUAUUCACCAAGCCAGUGGUUAUCCUGCCAUGCCAACACAACCUCUGCAGGAAGUGUGCCAACGACCUCUACCAGCCCUCUCUGUUCCAGGUGGGGUCUGGAGGGAGGUUCCGCUGUCCGUCCUGCAGUCAGGAAGUUGUGUUGGACCGCCACGGUGUCUACGGGCUACAGCGCAACCUGCUGGUGGAGAAUAUUAUUGACGUCUACAAACAGGAGUCCACCAGUUCUAGAUCCACGUCGUCCAAGCCCGCGGGCCAGCCCACCUGUGAGGAGCACGACGGUGAGAAGGUCAACAUUUACUGCGUCACCUGCCAGGUGCCCACCUGUUCCCUCUGCAAGGUUUUCGGUGCCCACAACACCUGCCAGGUGGCACCACUAACACAGGUCUACCAGCAGCAGAAGGCUGAGCUGAUUGAGGGGGUUAGCUCCUUGGUGGCGUCGAACGGCCAGGUCCAAGCCUUCAUCAAUGAGUUGGAGGUGACCUGCAAGAAUGUUGAGGAGAACUGUAAGACCCAGAAGCAGACAGUGUGUGAGAGGUUUGACCGCAUGCUCGCCAUCCUGGAGGAGCGACGGAGGAUCAUGACCCAGCGAAUCACGGACGAGCAGGAGGAGAGGACAGGUCACGCCCAUUCUCUGGUGCGAUCCUAUGGAGAGAGUGUAGAGACCAACACCAAACUGGUGGAGACCGCUAUGGUCACCAUGCAGGAUCCGGAGAUGGCUGCCUUCGUGAAGACUGCAAAAGACCUGAUUGUAAAGGUGAAUGAGGCAUCCAGUACCUGCAUCGUGGAGACCCUGGAGCCUGGUUAUGAGAACAUGGACCACUACAGGGUCAACUUCAACGCAGAGAAGAGGGCUCUGUACAAGCUGGACUUCAUCAAAGUGGAGGAGGAGGGAGAACCAGAGCCAGAAACAGAAUGUGAACCAGUUCUGGAUCUAGAACCGGAGCCCGUUCUGGAACAAGCAACAGUUCUAGAACCAGUGGCACUGCCAGUACUGGUGCAAGAACUAGAGCCAGAAUCAGUGCCACAGCCAGUGCUGGUGCCAGUGCUGAUGGAAGACCUACAGACAGAACCGGAGCCAGUGCCAGUGCAAAAGCGACAGCUAGUUCCAGAACAUGUGGCAGUUCUAGAACCAGUAGCAUUUCCAGGACAUGUGGCAGUUCUAGAACCAGUAGCAUUUCCAGGACAUGUGGCAGUUCUAGAACCAGUAGCAUUUCCAGAACACGUGGCAGUUCUAGAGCCGGUGGAAGUUCUAGAACCAGAGUCAGCAUCCAGUCAGGUCCUGGAUGCAGAGCCUGUGUUGGAGCUGAAGACAGUGGGAGGAAAGUUGGGGACUGAAGGACCCAGCAGAGCUGACCGAGCAGUUCAGGGGUCAGGCAGAGGGGUGUGAUGAAGACCUGCAGAAAGAGGAGUUCUGUGACCAAGAGGGCUUAAAUACACAGCAGGCUGUCACGCUGUUCUUCUUCGUCCUGGCCCUGGUGGUCAUGUUCCAGAGUGCGUGGGCCCACAUCAAGAGCUUUGUUUGUAUAUAGCAGAGCACAGCAGCAGGAUCACACUACUAAGAUGGCAAGUAUGGUUUGUUUUUCUGAGAUGAUUAGCAUUUUGCUGCAGCAAGGCUUGUCGUAUGGUUGUGACUUGCAACGUCGAUCCGACAUAUUUGAUGACGUUGUCUGAAGAUGCAGCAUCACUCAUGUUGUUUGUUUUCUGUAGUCUUGGCUACCAUCUGAGUGGGGGAACAAGCAGAGAAGUCCCCCUUCAGUGGGCCCCCAGGGAGGGAGAGGAGGGACUGAGCAGAGCAUUGACACACAUUUUAGCCCCAACAGCAGUACUACUGCUGCCACCUUGUGGCCAUAGAGUGGUAUCACAGGCAGUCAGUCAGCCCAACUGGAAGCUUGUGGUCAGAAGUGGUCAGGACUUGUGGAGCUGUCUAAAUAGUAGGUUUUUGUGCUCUCACAAAAAAAAAUUUGCAUUCACUUACGCUUGUCCAUUGAAUCAUGACGCUCCUUGUUGCAUGACAUCAUUAUUUACUUUGUUUGUUAUAAACACAUGAAUGUCUCCAUGUUAGUAUCUCUAUGUGUCUCUAUGUAAUGCCUUCUUGGCUAACUGUGUGCUCUCUUGAAUAGCCUAUGUGACCUUUCCAGUAGCUUACUGGCCUACGUACAUGAUGCAUCCCUUAUCUGUAGCACCUUGCAUUUGAAGGCGUCUGUCCAUCUCCAUUCUCCCUCCAGAUUGGUCCUGGGUCAGGCAACCCCACACAACAGGCAGGUGGCCCCUCCUUCCCCUCCUCCCCCUCCCCUCCUUCCUCCAGGGAGUCCACUAGUCUCAGCUUCUCUUUCUCCUGGCUCAACGCUCUCACCAAAGAAGAAGAAAUUAAGAAGAAGAAGAAGAAGGGACUGUGUGCACCUGUACUACAGAGGGCCUGGCGGAACCAUCACCAUGGCUACAGAUGGGACAGGACAGGCCAGGCAGAGACCAGGCCAAGAUGGUUGAAACAUCAAUGAUGUCAAAUUCUUCUAAUUAAAUUAUUUUAAACGUCAAGAGCGGGAGCUGCACCUGUUUUUCCCAGGCACACAGAGAAAAGCACACUCAAUAUCCACUGACCAUUUUGCAGGUCUUAAAUAUUGUAGCUAUUGUAAGUUAUUGUGCUCAUGUACACUAUGUGUUGGGGGUAGAUAUGAUUAAAUAUCCCUUCAUUAUUUGUUGAUUGUUAUUAUCAUGUGAUGCAUGAAGGGUCUAUCAUGUGUGUGUGUGUGUGUUAGAUUUUCUUUAGCAUAUCUAGUUCUGUUGUUCUGGCGGUGCACCGAUGCAUGAUAAGUUGUCAUUUUCACUCUACUUGUUGAUCCCUAUAUCCAGUGCCUUCAGGAAGUAUUCACACCCCUUGACUUUUUCCACAUUUUGUAGUGCUGCAGCUUUAAUUUUAAAUUGAUUUAAAUUUAGAUUUUUUUUGUCACUGGCCUACACACAAUACCACAAUGUCAAA